ACACCGGAAGUGAUUCACAUUCCAGCUUUCCAGCCGAAAGAAAAUCCAUUUCUCGGCCAUUCUGUUGGAGUCUAUAUCUCGGAUAAUACGCUCUAUCCGUGACAAACCAAAAUGGGAAAGGAAAAGACUCACAUUAACAUCGUCGUCAUCGGACACGUCGACUCCGGCAAGUCCACCACCACAGGCCACUUGAUCUACAAAUGCGGCGGUAUCGACAAACGUACCAUCGAGAAGUUCGAGAAGGAGGCCCAGGAGAUGGGUAAGGGCUCCUUUAAGUACGCCUGGGUGCUGGACAAACUGAAGGCCGAGCGCGAGCGCGGUAUCACCAUCGACAUCGCCCUCUGGAAGUUCGAGACCGCAAAGUACUACGUCACCAUCAUCGACGCCCCCGGACACAGAGAUUUCAUCAAGAACAUGAUCACCGGAACCUCCCAGGCUGACUGCGCCGUCCUCAUCGUCGCCGCCGGUACCGGUGAGUUCGAGGCCGGUAUCUCCAAGAACGGCCAGACCCGCGAGCAUGCCCUGCUCGCCUUCACCCUCGGAGUCAAACAGCUCAUCGUCGGAGUCAACAAGAUGGACUCCACCGAGCCCCAGUACAGCGAGAGCCGUUUCGAGGAAAUCAAGAAGGAGGUGUCCUCUUACAUCAAGAAGAUUGGUUACAACCCGGCCGCCGUCGCUUUCGUCCCCAUUUCCGGUUGGCACGGAGACAACAUGUUGGAGCCUUCCACCAAGAUGCCCUGGUUCAAGGGGUGGCAGGUGGAGCGCAAGGAGGGUAAGGCCGAGGGCAAGUGCCUAAUUGAGGCCCUUGAUGCCAUCCUCCCCCCCGCCCGCCCUACGGACAAGGCCCUCCGUCUGCCCCUGCAGGACGUCUACAAAAUCGGUGGUAUCGGAACGGUGCCCGUCGGCCGUGUGGAGACCGGUGUGCUCAAGCCCGGCACCAUCGUCGUGUUCGCCCCCGCCAGCAUCACCACUGAAGUCAAGUCCGUGGAGAUGCACCACGAGGCUCUCCAGGAGGCCGUGCCUGGUGACAAUGUGGGUUUCAACGUAAAGAACGUGUCAGUCAAGGAGCUGCGUCGUGGAUACGUCGCCGGAGACUCCAAGAACAACCCACCCAAGGGCGCCGCCGACUUCACUGCACAGGUCAUCGUGCUCAACCACCCCGGUCAAAUAUCAAACGGAUACACGCCAGUGCUGGAUUGCCACACGGCCCACAUCGCCUGCAAGUUUGCUGAGAUCAAAGAGAAGGUUGACCGUCGUUCCGGUAAAUCCACAGAGGAAAACCCCAAGUCCAUCAAGUCCGGUGACGCCGCCAUCGUCAACCUCGUGCCCUCCAAGCCCCUGUGUGUGGAGUCCUUCCAGGAGUUCCCGCCUCUCGGCCGUUUCGCCGUCCGUGACAUGAGACAGACCGUCGCCGUCGGCGUCAUCAAGUCCGUGAACUUCAAGGAGGCCGGCGGUGGCAAGGUCACCAAAGCCGCCGAGAAGGCCGCUAAGGGCAAGAAGUAGCUAGCGCUGUUGACAGCCCAAUUCUACAUUAAACUGCGAUAUUUCAUACACCGCAAGGUGUUCAGGAGGAAAGACGGGCUACAAACUCAUUCCUUUUCUAUAUUUUUUACAUGGCUUUUACUGUAAAACCUAUAUUAUAAUUUAUAAGUAUAAAUAUAUCUGAGAUAUUUUGUUACUACAAACUACAAUGUAAAUUCAUAGAAUAAAGGUAGCCUCCAUAAUAAAUUGUUUUAUUUAUA